AUGGCCGCAGAGCAACUAUCAGGCACCCACGGCAUCCGGUCCCUCACAGACAACGAUGCCGUCUUUCGCGCCUUUGACUCCUACCCUUGGACAAAGGACAAGGCUUUCAUGUCUGGCCUCCAUGCCAUCCUCGGCGACCCCAACUCACCAAACCAGCAGGGCUCGCCGACCGACAUGGCCAUCCACGCCCGCAUCUUCUACUACUCCCAGCGCGUGGGCGUCAGCAUUGACUUUGCCACCUACCAGGCCUGGCUCGCCGAGCACCCGGACCACACCCCGCCCAGCAUCCUCCCGCCAGAGUAUCUGCCUAGCAGCAACGGCGGCGAUGCUGGGGCCACGGCGGCGGCACCGAUGCUCGACUGGCAAAAGGCCGCCCCCAAGGCUGAGCUCUAUGUCGAUCGCGCGGCGGCGGCCGCCGCCGCUGGAGACCAGCCUGCGUACCCGAUGGCCUUUGCCGAGAUGAUCAAGCUGCUGCAAGAAGGCAAGGAGGUGCCCGGCAUUCGUCAAAUUCCCAACACCAUCAUUAGAGACCCUGCUGUCAAACCUGUGGGAGCUCGUACAGCGCCUCGCAAGCCGUGGGAAAAGGAUGCCCCUACUCCCUCUGGCGAUACUUAUAGAUUGGCUGCUCUGGACACGGAAUUUCCUCCAGUCGAGCCAACGUCAGAGCAACCCGAGGCAGCAGCCGCUUAG